AUGAGUCGAUCUAAUACUCGCUGGGGUGCUCGUCAACCUCCACGUCGUGGUGGCGGUGGUACUGGCGCUGGUGGUUAUGAUCAAAAUUAUAAUGAUUACAGUUACGGUCAACAUCACUAUUCCGGAGCUGGAUACGAUUACGAGUCAUAUGAUCAAUCACAAACAAACUAUGAUCGUAAUUCAGCAUCGUCAUCAUCAUCAAAACGUUAUUCUUCGAAUCGAAAUAAUUAUGAUGGAGCAAAUCAUUACUAUAAUCCACCACCUCGUCAUGCAAAAGGAAACGUUACAGAAAACAAUAACAACAAUUAUAAUACUACUACUACUAGUACUAGUACUAAAGCAAACCCACCGUCUAGUAAAAAACCCACCACCACCACAACAACAAGAAAACAAGAUUCUGAACCUAUAUCCCCAAUGCCGAAUAAAGAACAGGAAACUCCGGUUGAAACUCCUACAAUAUCAACUGAAGUCAAAGUCGAACAACCAAUUGAAUCAACUCCUCCGAUUGAAGAAUCUAAAACAAAUGAAACACCUAUUGAAGAAUUACUACCACCCCCCGUACCCGAACCACCACCGGAAGAAAAUCUUGAUUUGAUUCGUCAACAAGUAACAACCUAUUUUACUGAACGUAGUGAUCGUUUAAAGCAACGUCAAGAACUUCUCGAACAAAAUCUCCUAGCCGAGAAGACUCGCCUAAAUGCCGAACAACAACAAGCCGCCAUGACACGUUUAGAUUCGAGUAUAAAACGUAUACCACCAUUUAUAAAACGUUUACGAACAUUAACCGAACAACAACGUGAUGCUCUUUAUCGCGAUAUGCAAGCAUUAAAUCUAACACGUUAUAUAUCGGAAGUUGCGACAGCAUUAACAGAAGCAAAAUUAAAAAUGACUGACGUAUGGACAUCAGUUCAAAUGUGCUCAUUAUUACAUCAACGUUAUCCAGAUUUUUCGAUGUCGCUCUAUGAAAACUGGUUAAAAGUUUUACAAAAAGAAACGUUAACUGAUAAUCUAUCUAAAGUUCGUGUUGAUUUAAGAUUGUAUGCUGAAUUAGUAACUGUACAUGUAUUACCGAUAAAUCAAUCAAUAAAUCAUCUUUUAACAAUAUUAAAUGCAUUAAUGAAUAAUGAUAAAGAUUUUUCAAAUUUAACGAUAUUAAUUAGUUUUUGUCGUUUAUGUGGUGAAGAUUAUGCGGAAAUAUUUUCAAGUAAAAUUCGUAAAUCAAUUAUUAAAUUAGAUGAAAAUAUUGAAGAAACAAAUAAAAGUUCGUUUCAUUCGAAUGAAUUAAAACAACAGAUCCGACAAAUGUUAGAGGAGUAUUUUCAACGAUUGUCUGUUUAUCUUGUUGAUGAACAUAAACAAUUACAAAAACAAGGACAAUUAAUGAAAAGAACCAUGGAGAAUCGUGGUGAAAUCAAUCAAGAAAUCAAAGAUAAAUAUGAACAAACGAAUACUACAUUUCAAAAGCUUCUACAAAAUACAGAAACAAUCGCUGAUUUAUUAGAACAAACAAUGCCAGAGUUGCCAAUAGAAGAAGCUUCAAAAAAAUCAAGUGAUCGUACUGGUAUUGAUUUUUAUCUUGCUGGACGAUCUGAUGAUGAUCUUGGUGGUAAUACACUCUGGGAAGAUAGCGAUGCAAAACAAUUCUAUGAAGAUACUGUUGAUUUAAAACUUUUUCUUCCUGGCUAUGCUUUCCGUGAACCGGUUACGACAACAGCACCAGCAUCUGAAGAAACUGAAACACUUGAUUCAGUACAAAUGGAACAAGAAAUUGAAAAAGAAGGACUUGAAGUAACAUCAACUGUUGAGGCCGAAGAAGACGAUGCAACAUUAGUUGAUAUCGAAGAUGGAGUAGAAGAAGACGUAGGUGCAAAUAAUAUUAAAUUAAUGAUGGAUGUUUUUGUAACUCAAUUACCAACAUGUGUUAAUCGUGAAAUGAUUGAUAAAGCUGCUCGUGAUUUUGCAACAAAUUUAAAUACAAAACAAAAUCGUAAACGAUUAAUAAAAGCUUUAUAUACAGUUCAACGUACAUAUUUGCAUUUACUCCCAUUUUAUUCACGCUUAAUAGCAACAUUAAAUCCAGUUAUGCCUGAAAUAGGCAAUGAAUUAGUUCGUUUAUUAAAAAACGAAUUUCGUGCGCAUAUCAGGCGUAAAGAUCAAAUUUAUAUUGAAUCAAAAAUUAAAACAGUUCGGUUUAUUGGUGAAUUGGUUAAAUUCAGUGUUUUUCCAAAGAAUGAAGCUAUUAAUUGUUUAAAAACUCUAUUAAGUGAUUUUCGUCAUCACAAUAUUGAAAUGUGCUGUAAUCUACUGGAAACAUGCGGAAGAUUUCUUUAUCGUAGUCCUGAGUGUCAUCGACGAACUGAAAUUAUUCUUGAAAUUCUGAUGCGUAAAAAAGCUGUAUUAACAUUAGACAGCCGAUAUACAACACAAAUUGAAAAUGCUUACUAUUAUUGUAAUCCACCGGAAGCUCGAGAAAUUGAGAAGAAAAUUCGUUCACCAAUACAAGAAUAUCUUCGGCGAUUACUUUUUAAAGAUCUUAACAAAAUUACUAUUGAAAAGAUUCUUCGUCAAAUUCGUAAAUUUAAUUGGGCCGAUGCAGAUUUUCGUUCCUAUGCUAUAAAAUGUUUAGCAGCUCCUUACAGUGUAAAGUUUAAUUCAAUUCCAUGUCUGGCUAGUAUACUUUCUGGUUUAUCACAUUUUUAUGAUGAUGUAGCUAUUGAAGUAUUAGACAAUGUUCUUGAUGAUAUUCGUUUAGGACUUGAAAUAAACAUUCCAAAAUUUAAUCAACGACGUCUUUGCAUGAUUAAAUACCUCGGUGAAUUGUAUAACUAUCGAGUUGUUGAUUCAAUAAUUAUAUUUCGUACAUUAUAUUUAUUAAUAACCUAUGGUGUCAGUCUUGAGCCUUUGGAAAUAAGUGAUCUUGAUCCACCAGAACAUUUAUUUCGUAUUCGUCUUGUUUGUACAUUACUGGAUAGUUGCGGUCAAUAUUUUGAUCGUGGCACGAGCAGAAAACGCCUCGAUUGUUUUCUCAUCUAUUUUCAAAGAUAUUAUUAUUUCAAAAAAGAACAAGCAAUAUGGAAUCCAUCAUCGUAUCCGUUUCCACUGGAAAUCGAACAGAUAUUUGAUGAAUGUGUUAUGGAUUUAAGACCUAAAUUUAGUAAAACAAAUUCACAUGCGAAAGCUUGCGAACAAGUAGAAAAUAUGGAAAAAGAAUUCAUAGCUUUAAUAAAUCAACAACAAGCUAAAAUGGCAUCGAAAGAUAUUUCGCAUCAAUCACGAGAUACAAAUUUAGCACCAAUAACCGAAGAUGAAGAACAACAACAACAGCAACAACAAGUUAAUACUGCCAAUCCGGACGAUCUCCUUAAUGCUCAACAACAAGAAGAUGAAGAAGACGAAGAAGAUAACGAAGAAAAUUAUGAUGACGAUGAUGAUGACUGCCAUCGAGCAGUACGCAGUCGUCGUACACGUCCGAGUGCUGGUAGUAAUGAACGAACAAGUGGUGGUAGUGGCGCUGACGAAGAAUGUCCUGAAACCGAUGACAAUGAUGCAGCUGGCUUAGAUGAUGAGAAUAACGGUGCAAAUAAAAAUUCAACGGAACGAACCAAAGUCACAACUGAAGAAGAUAAUGACUUUGUUAAAGCAUUUGAAGCAUUAGUAGCUGAAUCUGUUGCUCAACGUUCAAAUGAUUUAACGAAAAUUCCAGCGCCAGAUAUUCCCGUACCAGUUCAUUUAAGAAAAAGUAAAAUAGCAUCAGCAACAAAUAUAAAUUUUUCACAUAGCGACGGUGAUGAUGAAGGUGAAAACAAUAAUAAAAAACCUGAAUCAGUUAAUUUUGUCGUUAUGCUUAAAAAGAAUAACAAACCUCAAUUUUAUAAUAUGGCUGUUUCGAGUACAUCGGAAAUGGCAUUGAAAUUAAAAGCUCGCGAACAGGCUGAUCGUGAAGAAAAAGCUCAAUUGAAAAUUCUUACAUUGAAUAUGUCAACAAGAAUGGAACAACAAGAAAAUGACCAAGAGUUAAUUACGAAUGUAACAAAUCGCACGCCACAAGCAACAGGAUUAAAUUUAAAUAGAGACAAAAAACCGAAAUAUGUCCCACCGAAAGGUGCUCCCGAUGCUGAUAUUAUCUUUGGAUCGAAGUAA